GGCGAUGUGGGGGGAUAAAAGCUAUAUUGCCAUUGCGCCAUCAUUUGCUCGUUGCCGUUGGCACAUUCUUGAAAAAUGAUUUUUGGUUUUUAUUUCUCAAAGUUCGGGAAAUGGGCUGGACAGAGAGAAUUGGGAAUCCGAACCGUAAAUGGGUUUAAUUAGGGCAAUCUCCAAUCCGUGUUUAAAUCUCCCACUCGAACUUCGAAUGGCGGGCCUUCAGAUCAAUAGUUCAAAUUUUGUGAGUUUCAAUUGGAGGAAAAAGGUUUGAAGAUUUUGACGUUUUGUUGUGUUUUAUGGUGCCUAGAAUCUCUUUUCGACGGGGAGGUACUCAUAGCCAAUCGUGGCAGAUUUUCUCCUGAUUUCAAUACCCGAAACUUGCAGGCUCUAUGAAAUCAAGUUGUCGUGCCGGAGACCAAAUUUUCCGGUGGUUUUUACUUCUCUUUAACACCAUCUUUCGGUGGAACUUCGUUAGAAAAGCAUCGCAGAGGCAUGAAUGCAUUGAUCUUGAGGGGACAAUGGAUCGUGAACUGAAGCUGUUCACUGAAAUGCCUCAACGACGAAGAGUACAUUUCUAUCUAGUGAGUACCAUAUGGCAUUGGUGGUAAUCAUCUUUCAUAAGCCAUUUUGGUCUGGUUGCUCGCAAAAUUCUUCAUGGAUCUGUCUCCAACCUCAAAGCUACAUUACUACAGUAUCCCACCCUGGAGAGUCAAGAAUCUGGAUCAUUGAAAAUUGCAGAAAUCCGAUGCCAAAUCUCCAGGACUCUGUGCACAUGAGGUUUCAUGCGGCUAUGCUGCAGCAGCUGAAAGAGCAAUGUGAUCAAAAGAAUGAAGAAGUGGAGGCUAAAAAGAGACGAGGAAAAGAAAUUGAAACUGCUUUGGAAAACUCGCCUUGCCAGAUUUCAGAUGAGCGCUUAAGUGUGCUCGAUAUCAAUCAACUCAAGCAGUUAAAAGAAAUGAUGGAGAAGCUUAGAGAAAAUGUGCGUCGCCAGGCCAAUGCACCAACAGUGGACUCUGUUGAGCCACCUCCAAACCCAACUAAUGUUGCUGAGCCUCCAAUUCAAAAGGACGUUGAUCUGGGAAAUGUUGAGAGAGAUGAACGUGAAGCUUCACCAAUCCCACCUGAUUGGUUGAAAUUGUGAUUUGUAUUAUCUAUCUAUGUUUCAAGAGUUCAGAGUGCUCUUUGACUAUGAUUUUAUAUGAAAGUGAAAUAAUAAGGGUUGCUUUUAUGAGGGUCUUCAGUAGAUUGUGUUUCUUCA